GGGAGGAGCCACGGGAGCCUGUGUCCUCGACCGCUCAGUGGGAGGAGUCAACUGAUGGCGCUUCUGCUGAGCUGCAAUAAGAUAACGCACUAAGCGGAGGUAUGAAAAUUUAUUCAGAUAAAUGAGGAACUUUCUGGACUUUACAUGAGAAGUGAACAAUGACAUUGAUCAAGGAGUGCUGUUGUGAACCACUUUCCAGCGUCCUCACUAUGGUCUCUUGGCCAAUAUUCAGUGUCACUCCUUAAAGAGACAUAACACAGAGACAAAAGGGACCGACUCGCUGAUCAGCUCCAUAAAAUGAAGAGACCCAAGCAGCAGUCGCAGUCUCUCAGUUUUCUCAACUUCUUCAGCCGCAAGCCCAAAUCUGACCCCAAGAUUGAGAAGCCAUCUGGUACUUUAAACAAGGACGAGGUGGCCAUCACUCUUACACCCAAUGAGCAUGAGCAUGUGGAAAAAGACCAGGCUCGCAGUGAAAGGGGCAUUGGUGGAGAGGCCGGUGGGGAUAGAGGAGAUCUUGGGAAGGUUGAAGAAGCCGGAGUAGGAGAUGGCGGGCAAGGUGCUGAGUGUGGGAGCAGUGGUUCAAUGGGGGUACUGUCCUUAUCCUCCUCAAGUCAAGAACAGCUACUCGAGCACCUGGUCGAGUGCCCGCUCUGCCUGCUCAGUCAACCUCGCGGCCACUUCCCUCGUCUGUCCUCCUGCCAGCACCGAGCCUGCACCGAUUGCUUACGGCAGUACCUACGCAUCGAGAUCUCAGAGAGCCGCGUGGGCAUCGCCUGCCCGCAGUGCCCUGAAACUCUGGCGCUGCCUGACGUCCGUGCCAUCCUGGAUGACGGUGCUUUGCUGGAGCGUUUCGAAGAGUUCCAGCUGCGCCGCUUUCUGGCAGCUGACCCAGACACGCGCUGGUGCCCGGCACCAGACUGCAGCUAUGCUGUGAUAGCCAACGGCUGUGCCGAAUGCCCCAAGCUAAGCUGUGGUCGGGAAGGUUGUGAUACCGAGUUCUGCUACCACUGCCGGCAACUGUGGCAUCCAGACCAAACUUGUGACCAAGCCAGACGUCAGCGUGCCCGGCACACGUUAGGGGCCAAUGAUAUUUCCACACUUUACGUAUUCAACGAGGAACCAGGAGAUGCAGAGGAGAUCAAGCCCUGUCCCCGCUGUGGUGCCUAUAUCAUGAAGACUAAUGAUGGCAGCUGCAAUAGGAUGAAUUGUACAGUGUGUGCCUGUCAGUUCUGUUGGCUAUGUAUGCAGGAGAUCACGGACGUGCACUACCUCAGUCCCUCAGGCUGCACUUUCUGGGGAAAGAAGCCGUGGUCGCAGACCCGAAAGGUUUUGUGGCAGGUCGGCAUGCUGCUUGGGGCUCCGGUGGUGAUCUCACUAAUAGCAGGCAUUGCAAUACCGGUCAUCAUUGUGGGCAUCCCGAUAUAUAUGGGUCGCAAGGUCCACGGUCGAUGUAAGAAAAACAAUAUCUCAGGAAGUAAGCAUUACUUGACAGUGGCCAGUGGGGUCAUGAUGUCUGUGUUCGUGUCUCCAGUCAUAGCAGCCAUUACUGUAGGGGUGGGAGUGCCUCUUAUGUUGACGUAUGUCUACGGGGUAGUGCCCAUGUCUUUGUGCCGGAAUGGCUGGUGCAGACCACAAAAUGAACCCCCAGAAGUACGGAAUAUACAGCUGGAAGAUCUUGCCAAUUAUCUUCUAUUUUCUCAUGUAGUCAGUGACCAUUGGACCGGCCAGCCCAAUCCAGCUCUAACCGAAGGAAGGAUACAGGAAGUGAGUGUAAACAUUGAGGAAGUGCUGCCGAUUCCCAGCACCAGUAUGAUCCAGUCAGGAGAAAAGGACUCUGUUGAACCACCCAAUGACAGACAUAUUAACAACACUGAGCAGGACGUCCAGUCAGAUGAAGUGGAUGUAGUAGACGAAUGUGCUUACACGAGCACACAGACGUUUGCUCUGAGGGAAGGGACCAAUAUCGAGGUCCGUGUGGAGAUUGAGGCUCAGCCACGAGGAGGGCGGAAGCCAAGUCUCAGCAGUAUUCUGUCUAGCAAGAGCCUGUCUUCAGAAUCACUAGGCCAGCCCUGUGAACCUCUAUGUGCCUCUCAACAGACAGGGAGCGCAGACCCCUUGCCAGACCCUGAGACGGACAGUGUCUGAGAGACUCCUGUGAACCAACUGCUUUCACCACCCACCUCCACUCCCAUGUGCUUCCAGCCUCUGCCUGCUAAACGCGGAGAGUCAGCCAUGUGGAAACCAACAGAGAAGAGAGAGAGAGAGCAUGGAGAUGAAAGUCAAGGGCAGCUGCCAAAACGCCACAGAGGAUUAAAGAUGAUAAUAAAACAUGAAAUGACCAAGCGCAUGUUUGUCAACAACUUUGAGGAGUGCUAACCAGUUUUUUACCAUAGAAAACAUUGGCUAUUUGAAUGCUGGUCUAUUUCAUUUCUUUGAUUAGCUUUUCUUUUAAGCUACACUUUUCUAAAGCGAAUGAAGGCCAUAUGGUUUAUGUCCCCUGACUGUUUCCUACUGAAAAAAAACCCUUAAUAAUGGAUCAAUAGCAUGGUUUCUAUUGCAAGGGUGGUAGUCUGAUGUGACAUGACUAUCAACAUGGAAAAAUGCAGAUACUAUUUGGCUGAAGAUGAAUAUGCUUCAAGCUAAUGCUAACUUGGAAAUAAACAUUGUUUCCUAAUGGUGUUUAUCAGAGGCGUAGCCAGAACUUUUUUUUAGAGGUGGCCAGGAAAAACCCAGUGAUUUUAUUAGCGUAACCAAAAAAUCCUUAGAGACAGAAAUUCUUUAACUUCUACUGUAAUUUACACCAAUUCUUCAUUACACAUAGUUUGCUGGUCAAAAACAAACACAAAGAACGUAAAGUAAACAAUUUAUUUGCAAUGCUUUCAUGUGCUAGCAUUAUUUUAAAAUAAUUUGCUAGCUAUCAUUUGCAGUAAGUAAGAAUUUUUUAUAGAAAAUAAACAUUGCAGUACCCCAACUUAAACUUUCGCGAAAAUGUAAUUAAUGAAUGAAAUCCAGUUAAACAAGACUGAUUUUACUGACCUGAUCCUUCUGCUCGCGAUGAACUUCCAUGGUACACAGACAGUACACUGUCAUGAAGCGGUUAGCAGCUGUUCAGCUAUAGCGCUCAGACUGUUUGAGUCAGUGCGUCAGCGUAUGACAUCAUAUAACGCUAGAGCAAUGUUCUAGCGUUACUUUCAGUGCAUACGCUAAAUGAUCUGCGCAGCACUCCGUAAAAUCCGACAUACAUCUUAAUACUACUUCGCACAACAGAGGUGGCCAGAUAGGUGGCCAUCCAUCAUUCAGGCGUAGCCGUGGCCACCCAUGGCCACCAUGUAGCUACACCCCUGGUGUUCAUUCAUUUGAAGGAUCCAAGUUGUUGUUGCAUUUUCAUGAAGAAGAAGCAAAAUUUGUGGGAUUUGGGUUUAAAUUGAGAGCCCAGCGUCAUGCUGUUAGUAGCCUACUGUGUCUUGAAUUUGAUCAAUUUAGGUCAAAGUUUGUGAUCUUUGGGAAGGUAAACAUUAUAAGGACUGUUUUUAAAUGCUGCGUUGAAAGCGAAUGAAGCAGUGUCGAAUUGUUCUUAUUAGUCUUGUUUCUAAAACCACAAGUGUUUACUUUUGGUCUUUAUUUCCACAGUAAAGGCAUUUGUUUUUCCUUCAGAGUAUUUGAUGAACCAGGAGUUUAAAAAGCCCAGUAACUAAAGAGAUUACUUUAUCCCAUUCACUGUAGAGACUAGCCAAUACCUAAACUGUUUUAAGCUUCUGGUAUUAGAUAGCCUACUGGCCAGAGCCAACAGUUGAGUAAUAUAACCUAAACUUUAUUUUAUGGUGUUUUAUGACACUUAGAAUUGAAUGACCAGAAAAAAGCCCAAAUUUCAAAAUGUAGCUAAAUGACUUAGGGGAGGUUUUUUUAUGAACCAGAUGAACUUGAUGCAGAUUGGAAACAAUGAAUGAUACAGUACGCCAAUAAAAAAA